ACACCAGCUAUGAUUGGAUGUUCUUUUGUGGUGAACCGGAAGUUCUUUGGGGAAAUCGGUCUUCUCGAUCCAGGGAUGGAUGUUUAUGGUGGAGAAAACAUAGAGCUUGGAAUCAAGGUAUGGCUCUGUGGCGGCAGCAUGGAGGUCCUCCCGUGCUCUCGAGUGGCCCACAUUGAGCGCAAGAAAAAACCGUACAACAAUAACAUUGGCUUCUACACCAAGAGGAAUGCACUGCGGGUGGCUGAGGUGUGGAUGGAUGAUUACAAGUCCCAUGUGUACAUUGCAUGGAAUCUGCCAUUGGAGAACCCAGGAAUUGAUAUUGGGGACGUUUCGGAGAGAAAAGCACUAAGAAAAAGUUUGAAAUGUAAGAGUUUCCAAUGGUACCUGGACCACGUCUAUCCAGAAAUGAGAAGAUACAAUAACACCAUUGCCUAUGGAGAGCUGCGGAACAACAAGGUAAAAGAUGUCUGCCUCGAUCAAGGGCCACAGGAAAAUCACACAGCGAUCCUUUACCCAUGCCAUGGCUGGGGGCCACAGCUUGCUCGCUACACCAAAGAAGGAUUUCUUCAUUUAGGAGCUCUUGGAACCACAGUAUUGCUCCCAGAUACCCGCUGCCUGGUGGAUAACAUGAAGAGUAAACUCCCUCAACUGCUUGAUUGUGAGAAAGUCAAGAGCAGUCUCCAUAAGCGUUGGAAUUUUAUACAGCAUGGUGCAAUCCUAAACAAAGGGACAGGGCGCUGCUUGGAAGUUGAAAAUAAAGGCAUGUCAGGUAUGGAUCUUAUCCUCCGCAGCUGCACAGGACAAAGGUGGACAAUUAAACAUUUUAUCAAGUAGGAAGCCUCUUAUCCAUUGCUCAAGA